AUGGAAAACUCAACCUUUGGUAGUAGAUUGGAGAAUUAUACAGCCCUGUGCUCGCCAUACACUGAUCCAAACUGGUCGCGAGGACUUAAGGGAGGAACAUAUGUUCUGAUAAUGUUGGUAUCAGUGAUAGGGAACUCUUUAGUGAUCUACAUCAUAUCAAGUGCACCAUCAAUGCGCACAACAACCAACUAUCUUAUAGCCAACUUAGCAGUAGCCGACCUGUUUAUUACAURCGUCAGUAUGCCUGUCGCCGCUAUGGUCAACAUUACUGGCUUCAAUAGGUUUCGCUCUGUCGUUAUAGCAGUCAUAGUGUGUAAGAUCAACCCUCUUAUACAUGGGUCGUCUAUGGAAAGCGCAAUCUUCAGCUUGGUUGCCAUUUCCUUUGAUCGUCUAUUCGCCAUUGUCACGCCUUUCAAAAAAGUCAUCACCUUCUACCGUGUUAAGAUCAUUCUUUUUUGCAUCUGGUUUUUUUGUUUGCUGACGCUCUCCCCUCUUCUUUACGUCGUCAAAUUCGGGUUUAAAGAUAACUACUACUAUUGCCACGAACGUUGGCCGGAAUCAUUCGAUCAAGAACAAGCAGCAAGAGCCUACACCGUUAUCCUUUUUCUCUUGUUCUAUGCUAUUCCACUGUUAAUAAUGGCUGUCGUUUAUCCUAUUAUCAUCCACAAGCUCUGGGGCCGAGGCAAGGGAAUCAUGGAGCGUCUUCCAGCGUACGUACAACUUAAGCGCAGGACAAAUAGGAAAGUACUCAAGAUGUUGAUGACGGUUGCCAUUACAUUUGCGCUUUGCUGGCUGACACUUCACGUUCGAAUGUUCUUAGGUUUCUAUGGGUCUACCAAUAAUAUUCCAUGCACAUUAAAGCCCCAUCUUUAUUUCCUGGCCUUUUCAAUCGCGCACUCUAAUUCUGCCAUCACACCUUUGAUUUAUUACUUCUUUAACGUGACGUUUAGAAACCAGUUCCAGAAAGUCUUUUACAAGCUAUUUCCAAGAUUGUCGUAUGAUAAUUCAAAUGCAACUCAAUAUAUCUCACUAGUUCGUUUUCGAGCAGACGCCAAAGCAAGCCGGCAGGAUGCUCUUGCAGACAAUGAUUUGAAGACCAAACUCUGA